AUGGCAGGAAACAGCCUUGUCCUACCAAUUGUUCUUUGGGGACGUAAAGCACCCACACACUGCAUCUCAGCUGUGCUUUUAAUGGAUGAUGGGGCUACGAUUGUAACAGGGUGUCAUGAUGGACAAAUAUGCCUCUGGGAUCUUUCCUUAGAACUGGAAAUUAAACCUCGAGCUCUCUUAUUUGGCCAUACGGCUUCAAUUACUUGUUUGUCCAAAGCUUGUGCUUCUAGUGACAGGCAGUAUGUAGUGAGUGCAUCUGAAAGUGGAGAAAUGUGCCUUUGGGAUGUAAGUGAUGGCAGAUGUAUCGAAUUUACGAAAUUAGCUUGUACACAUACUGGCAUACAGUUCUACCAGUUCUCUGUUGGGAAUCAGCAUGAGGAGAGACUGCUGUGUUAUGGACAUUACCCUGAAAUUCUGGUUGUGGAUGCCACCAGCCUUGAGGUUCUUUACUCCUUAGUAUCAAAGAUAUCUCCUGACUGGAUUAGCUCCAUGAGUAUUAUUCGAUCCCACCGAACACAAGAGGAUACUGUUGUAGCCGUUUCAGUGACAGGAAUCUUGAAGGUUUGGAUUGUUACAUCUGAAGUUAGUGGCACCCAGGAUACUGAGCCAAUAUUUGAAGAAGAAUCCAAACCAAUUUAUUGUCAGAAUUGCCAAAGUAUCUCUUUCUGUGCAUUCACCCAAAGGUCACUUUUGGUUGUGUGUUCCAAAUAUUGGAGGGUAUUCGAUGCUGGAGAUUAUUCCUUGUUAUGUUCUGGCCCUAGUGAAAAUGGGCAAACGUGGACAGGAGGUGACUUCAUAUCAGCAGAUAAAGUUAUUAUAUGGACAGAAAAUGGACAAAUUUAUAUUUAUAAACUACCUGCCAGUUGUCUACCUGCUAGUGAUUCAUUCCGCAGUGAUGUUGGAAAGGCUGUUGAAAAUUUAAUUCCUCCUGUACAGUAUGGUCUCUUGGAUAGAGAAGAUAAAGAGUUGUUUAUUUGCCCUCCUGUUACACGAUUCUUUUAUGGAGGUACGGAUUGCUUCCAUAAACUACUUAUUCAGGGAGACUCUUCAGGAAGAUUAUGUAUUUGGAAUGUACCAGACAUACUUGAAAAACAGGAAAAUGCAGAAGGAUUUGAGAUGACAACUUCAAUUUGUUUACAAGAGGCAUUUGGUAAACUCACUCCUUCACCUGCUGGAAUUAUAGAUCAAUUAAGUGUGGUUCCUAAUAGCAAUGAACCUUUGAAAGUUACAGCGAGUGUGUACAUUCCAUCCCAUGGACGACUAGUUUGUGGCCGUGAAGAUGGAAGCAUAAUUAUUGUGCCAGCAACACAAACUGCCAUAGUCCAGCUACUACAGGGGGAACAUAUGCUCCGGAGAGGUUGGCCACCUCACAGAACUCUUCGGGGUCAUCGGAACAAAAUUACAUGUUUACUGUAUCCUCAUCAGGUCUCAGCUCGUUAUGACCAAAGAUACUUGAUCUCUGGAGGAGUGGAUUUUUCUGUCAUUAUUUGGGACAUAUUUUCUGGAGAAAUGAAACAUAUCUUCUGUGUGCAUGGUGGAGAGAUUACUCAACUCCUUGUUCCACCUGAAAACUGUAGUACAAGAGUACAACACUGCAUCUGCUCUGUAGCCAGUGACCAUUCUGUAGGACUUCUGAGUUUGAGAGAGAAAAAAUGUAUCAUGCUAGCAUCUCGUCACCUUUUCCCCAUCCAAGUAAUAAAGUGGAGGCCCUCAGAUGAUUACCUAGUGGUUGGCUGUUCAGAUGGAUCUGUUUAUGUCUGGCAAAUGGAUACUGGUGCAUUGGAUCGUUGUGUGAUGGGGAUUACAGCGGUCGAGAUUUUGAAUGCUUGUGAUGAAGCAGUUCCUGCUGCAGUUGAUUCUCUUAGUCAUCCAGCUAUUAAUUUAAAACAGGCUAUGACGAGACGUAGUCUUGCUGCUCUUAAAAAUAUGGCCCAUCACAAACUACAAACCCUUGCCACUAACCUCUUGGCUUCAGAAGCAUCUGACAAAGGAAAUUUACCCAAGUAUUCUCAUAAUUCUCUGAUGGUUCAAGCAAUAAAGACUAACCUAACAGACCCGGACAUACAUGUGCUCUUCUUUGAUGUGGAAGCUUUGAUUAUUCAGCUCCUGACUGAAGAAGCCUCUAGGCCGAAUACUGCCCUUAUUUCCCCAGAGAGUUUGCAUAAAGCAUCUGGCAGUGCUGACAAAGGGGGCUCUUUCCUGACUGGUAAAAGAGCAUCCGUUCUCUUCCAACAAGUCAAAGAAACAAUCAAAGAGAACAUAAAGGAGCAUCUCCUUGAUGAUGAAGAUGAGGAUGAGGAAAUACUGAGGCAGCGGAGAGAAGACAGUGACCCAGAGUACCGAUCUAGCAAAUCUAAGCCAUUGACUUUAUUAGAGUAUAAUCUAACAAUGGAUACUGCAAAAUUGUUUAUGUCUUGUCUUCAUGCCUGGGGUCUGAAUGAAGUUCUAGAUGAAGUUUGUCUUGACCGCCUUGGAAUGCUUAAACCCCACUGUACAGUAUCCUUUGGUCUUUUGUCAAGAGGAGGCCACAUGUCGUUGAUGCUUCCUGGUCAUAACCAGCCUAUAAGUAAGCCAUCCUAUGGAAAACCAGAAGGGGAAAGAAAACUCUCAGCCAUUGAGGGAGUGGGAAAAGGAACCUAUGGAGUAUCCCGAGCUGUCACGACUCAACACCUUCUGUCUAUUAUAUCUUUGGCAAAUACCUUAAUGAGUAUGACCAAUGCAACUUUUAUUGGUGAUCAUAUGAAGAAGGGCCCUGUCAGGCCACCUAGGCCAAGCACCCCAGUCUUUUCUAAAGCGAAGGGUUCCCCUCCGACUUCCAGUAAUGUUGUGCAAGGACAGAUUAAACAAGCUGCUGCACCUGUCGUUUCCGCUCGGUGUGAUACUGAUCACUCUGGCUCUGACCCUGCUCCUACUCCUGCUUUACAUACCUGUUUCUUAGUAAAUGAAGGAUGGAGUCAGCUAGCUGCUAUGCAUUGUGUUAUGCUUCCAGACCUAUUGGGAUUGGAUAAAUUUAGACCUCCACUUCUAGAAAUGCUGGCUCGUAGAUGGCAGGAUCGAUGCCUGGAGGUAAGAGAAGCAGCUCAAGCUUUACUGUUGGCAGAAUUGAGAAGGAUUGAACAAGGAGGACGAAAAGAAACAAUUGAUGCUUGGGCUCCUUAUUUACCUCAAUAUAUGGAUAGUGUUAUAUCACCUGGAGUGACUGCAGAAUCUAUUCAGACCGGAACUGCUAAUCCAGAUGUCUUAGGGACUGAAACUAAAGUUCAAGAAGAAGAACAUGAUCUUGUUGAUGAUGACAUCACAGCAGGUUGUCUAUCAUCAGGUCUCCCACAAAUGAAAAAAAUAUCUACAUCAUAUGAAGAAAGACGUAAACAAGCUACAGCUAUUGUUUUAUUAGGAGUGAUAGGAGCUGAAUUUGGUGCAGAAAUUGAGCCUCCAAAAUUGCUGACAAGACCUCGAAGUUCCAGUCAAAUUCCUGAAGGAUUUGGUUUGACCAGUGGUGGAUCCAACUACUCAUUAGCCAGACACACUUGCAAGGCAUUGACAUUCCUUCUCCUACAACCACCUAGUCCUAAACUCCCUCCACACAGCACAAUCCGAAGAACUGCUAUUGAUCUAAUUGGAAGAGGUUUUACAGUAUGGGAGCCUUAUAUGGAUGUGUCUGCUGUCCUAAUGGGGCUUCUUGAGCUUUGUGCUGAUGCUGAGAAGCAACUUGCUAACAUCACAAUGGGGCUGCCCCUGAGUCCUGCAGCUGACUCCGCCCGCUCUGCAAGACAUGCCCUCUCACUCAUUGCCACUGCCAGACCACCCGCCUUCAUCACAACUAUUGCCAAGGAGGUCCACAGACAUACUGCUCUUGCAGCAAACACCCAGUCACAACAGAAUAUCCACACUACAACUCUUGCUCGAGCAAAAGGGGAGAUCCUGCGAGUCAUUGAAAUUCUUAUUGAAAAAAUGCCCACAGACGUUGUGGAUCUUCUUGUUGAGGUGAUGGACAUUAUAAUGUACUGUCUUGAAGGAUCUUUAGUUAAAAAGAAGGGACUUCAAGAAUGCUUCCCAGCCAUCUGCAGGUUCUACAUGGUCAGCUAUUAUGAACGGAAUCACAGAAUAGCAGUUGGAGCUCGCCAUGGUUCAGUGGCCCUGUACGACAUCCGGACUGGAAAAUGUCAGACAAUUCAUGGACACAAGGGGCCAAUAACUGCUGUAGCAUUUGCUCCUGAUGGACGAUAUCUUGCCACCUACUCAAACUCUGAUAGUCACAUUUCCUUCUGGCAGAUGAAUAUCUCACUAUUGGGAAGUAUUGGCAUGUUGAACUCGGCACCCCAGCUUCGUUGUAUUAAAACUUAUCAGGUGCCCCCUGUCCAGCCUGCCUCUCCUGGAUCACAUAAUGCACUCAAGUUGGCUCGGCUGAUCUGGACUUCCAAUCGCAAUGUUAUUCUUAUGGCCCAUGAUGGAAAAGAGCAUCGAUUUAUGGUCUAAAAUUAGUAUCUCUGUUAUCAUAAUUUUUCUUUUUAAAAUUCUCUGUAAACCUAUUUUUCUCCAUCCUUACUCAUACUGGAUCUACCCACAUCAGUGCCUAUAGAAGUCAUCCAGUGGGAUCAGCCAGAUGGCGAUACUUGUGCGAGGUUCUUUCUAUAGGGCAGAAUCCCUUUUGUACCAGCUAUGGAUUGGAGGCACAUACACACAAACUCAGUAGUAUGUGGUUCUUGAGUCACCAGAUAGUUUUUCCCUGCCAUUGGCAGGAGGGGAAAGAAGACAGUUGUUGGGAAGAUUCUUGUUGCUUGGUGCAGAAGAAGCUAGAAAAUCAAUAAACACUGUGA